AUGCGACGUACGUCUACGAGGUACUUUUUUGUUGUUUUUGUUUGAUAUCCUUCCGCGCUGGCAAUAACGCGCGUGAACGUUAAUGAAAAAAUAAACGCAGUACGGGCCGGUGCGGCGUUACGUCCGUUAAUGGUGUCAACUUUAUUUCGAGCGAUACUGUACUUCGGCUGUCGCGCAACUCCCACUCCCUGGCUUAUCCGAUUUUAAUACAUAAACAUAUGGCAUUGAGACCCUGUACAGAUCGAGCUAGAACUUCGGUCUCAGUAUUUGGUUAGUGGAGCCAACGGAGUUCAGCGUAACAACCAACAUAACAGAGACCGAAGCUUUUGGUCUACAUCGUCACCUGAACCUUUUUUUUCGGAAUGAUGACUUUUCAUAAAAUAUAUUUCAAUAAAUGGAGAUCAAAUAAUGUUUUAUUCAUUACUGAUUGUAGAAUUGAUGUAUGGAGCUUACUUUAUGAGGUAAGAGGAGAAAAAAACUUUAAAGAUUCACAAACAAACUGGAUAAAAUAGAAAUUUUCAUUAUUUACCUUAUUUAGAACACGGUGUCCUUUUAGAGACACCUUUCAUUGAUAUUUCACCGAAAGAGACCCUUGUCCGACAUAAAAAUUGAAUUAACUAAGCAAUUUUGACAUUGUAUUAGUUCAAUAUUAAUCUGAUUUUUUUUAUAGAAUACUUAUUUAUAAUGAUAAUUUUGCAAAUUAUGCGUUAAAUGUUAUUUGUUGAGGUAAAAAUAGGGUUUGAAAUAUGGAGUAAACUUAAUCAAUGUGUCUGAUUGUUUGAGACUAAAAAGGAAAAUAUGAGAGGCUGCGUGUGAAAAAAAAUCUAAUUUAUUUUAUUUGUCAGAUAUCACGCAAGAAAUACAAAUGUGAGUGUUUAGAGUAUAAACAUACCUUUGCAUGAUGAGUAAUCGAAGACAAGCAAAAAAUGAAAAUUGCUGCAAACAUGUCCAAGUGGGUACAGUAGUGCUUUGCAAUAAUAAAUAAAUAGAAAAAUGUAUGAAAUCAAUCCGCAAUGGAAACAAAUACAAUUUUCAGAAACAAUGCUAAAAAUGACAACAAUCAUAAACGUAAUUGGUCAUAUUUAAAGUUGAUAACUUUAUGGAAGUUUAUAUAAGAAUGUAAGCUUUAAGAAUAUAAAAAACAUAUAUGUUCAACAUUUCAAAGUUAAAGAGUUGAGACUACAAUAUUGCUUUAACAUGACAUAGGUGCCGAUAGGGCCUACCCUACGAUUUAAAAUGUGCCUCUUGGACUUUCCAUAAUCUUUUCUUUUAUUGGUAAACCGAACUUAUCUUCAUUUGUAAUGAUUGUGAUGGAUUCGUAAGCUAUUAGGCCUAAUCUAUGUAUUUUUUUUUUUUUUCAUUCAUCAUCUUAAGUUAGCGCAAAUCCAUCAAUUAAUUUUCAUUGAUUGUAAAUCAAUCUCGGCAAAAAAAUAAUUGACAUGAAAAUGAAAUAAGAAUAAAUAAAUGUUUUAGCAUGUUUAAUAACAUCUUAGUUUUGUAUCAUGUUUUUUUGUUUUUUUGCUGAACGUUAUAAACACAUUUUUUACCAUUCAUAAAAUUUCUUUAAAAAAAUUUGAAUUCAUGUUGUUUAUCUAAUGAGAGAGAUUGCCGCCCAUAUCGAUAUUUCAAGUUUAAUUGAAAGAAAAAACUGGAAAAGGGGUGGGGAAAAGACAGGAGGAAGAAUAAAAGAAAACAUAUUAAAAAAAAUUUAUUUGGGCCUUGAUUGACCCCGGAGAAGUUAAAAUGACAUCUGUUUUGGGUCGUCUUGCUGUGCAAGAUGACCUGAAAUCAUACCCCCAUAUAAAAAAUAACUUGGUGCCAUCCCCGGGCGCUAUCCCAGAUAAAAUGCAUCAGAGUGCACUCGAAUGACCCCCCAAAAUGUUUAAAGGUGAUAUGUCAGUGUGGCUUGCCGUAAACGCAUAUUCUCUCAAUGCUGACGGUGGCGGGCGGUGUGCAAAGAAGAUCAUGCCUACAUGUACGUAGGACAUGUCUGGCGGUGUCUUCUAAGGACCAUUCUUCGUAUCGCCCAAAUCGGCUUUGUGAAACAGUUGAGCGAUAUCUUGUCCUUACGUAGAGCGGUUCUACCAAAGACCAUUUCAUGCAACAGGCCCCUGGAGGCUUUUGGAUCUAAGUAGUACUACUGAUAUAGGCUUACUCUCCAUGAAGCCUGGGUCGGCAAGACUCGGCACACCAUUGCUCUACUACACGGACCAACGAAUUGGGCAACAAUAAUGUUGCGCCAAAAUACUUGUUAUUUCUACUUUUUUUUAGCCUAUACUUGUGUACAUGGGCUACUUCAUGAUAUUUAUCGCUGAUGCAAGUAUUUCUUUAAAUCUACAUGUAAGUUGAUAAAAUGCACUUUCUUAUUGAAAUUUCAACAAAUUUGUUUUGCCAAUUAUUUAUUUUCGAACAGAUUAAAAUCAGUUUUGUGCUACACAACAGGCUCCAAGGAUGGAUGGUGAAGAUGCUGGGAACUCGGGUGAAGUUCCCCAAAGUGAUUCAAAACCUGCUGUAGCAGCGUCGGCCAAUGAUGGCGCAUCGUCUGAACAAGAUCCAGGCACCGCAGUGGAUACGCCAACCCAUUCUUCCGCUUCCGGUGCCGCAGGGAUAUCCUCAGAUGGAACUGCAUCUGCAACCGUGGACGAAGCAUCAGAGAAACCUUUGGCAGGAUCAGAUGGCGUUUCAACCUUGCAGUCUGAAGACCAAACCUUGGAGGAGUCUUCUGAAAAAGAUGGGUCCUCUGUGACAGUUGUCAGCACCACACCAAAUGUCGUCGUGGAGAAGGUCGGUGGUGGGCUGAUGUCGUGGAACCUGACGGCAGCAACUGGUGGCAAUGUUGACGGGGAGGUAAUUUCCCUCCCAAAUAUCUCUCCUGAUCAUGCCCCAAUGUACGCAAGCGAAGGAUUCAGUGAGGGGGCACCAUCUGCUUGGGGGAAGGAGACAGGAAGUAUCUUUCCCUUAGAUCUAGGCGGUGCCUCUACAAUCUUGACCCAGGAUCAGAUUCUCAAGAUCGACGCUGCCUUGAAGUCUGAACAGAUCAAAUCAGAGCCUAACCCUCUCCUACAAGGCCCACCUCCUCCCCAAGAGAACAUGGAAAGCAUUCCCAUCGAAGAACCAGAGGAUCACCAGGAAGUGGAGGAGAAGAUUCAACUCAACAUCGACAGCGUGCUCGACAUCGGACCCGGAAGCUUCAGCACCAAGCAUCUGAUGAACCAGGUCAUGAGCAGUGAGAUACUCAUGGAAGCCAUCGGUGAUGACGGACUGGCUGCUACGGUGGCCGUGGCCAAGGCGAACAGUGAUGAUGAAUCGGAGGGUGAAUCGACCACGGACUCGACGUCGGAAAAGAAGGAGGAUAACCUGAAGAGGAGAUCUGCUCGGAUUGCGCACAUAACAGCAAACGACUUGACCCUGAGACAGGCCAUGAGAGAAAAGGAACAGAAGAAGAAGGAGCGGGAAGAGAAGAAACGGCAGAAGGAAGAGGAAAAGAAAGCAAAGGAUUCUAAAAAUGUGAGUGUGGUAGAGGAUGACAGUGACACUUCGACUGCACAGAAAGAGAAAGGGAAAUCAGGGACAGACAUAAGUAGUGAAAUUGAGAAAUACUUAAAGGUCAUUGAUCAGGAAAUUAAGCACAGUGAAGAGCAGAAGGAUGGGGAUCCAAAGAAAGAAGAGGGGAAGAAGGAAGUUUUGGCAGAACAGAAAGAAGCAACAAAAAAGCAGGAGGAAGACAAGGAUGGAGGCAAGAAAACUACAAGUCUCAACCUGUUUGAAAGCCUUGGAAUGGCUAAACCAAAGAAAGAAGUUAAGGAUGAUACUGUGAAGGAAGACAUUUUGAAAGGAACAACAGAAGGUAACAAGGAGAAAGAGAAACCUGGUGGAUCUAGUCAAAGACCUCCCGAUGAAGGUAGUCAGAGACCACUUGAAGAAGAAACAAAGAGUGAAGUGGGGCAAAAAUUAUCAGAUUCAAAGGAUGAAUUAGAGUUGGGUGAGGUGAAGGAGGAGAAGGAAACGGGAGAAUUGUCCGAUGAUGAAAACGGCCACCCUGAAUCCAAAUCAAGUGUUUAUUGGAUGGACCAUAGCUACGCUGCAAGUUCCGCACUUCCAGCCUCCAGUAACGUACCUGCAACAACCCCAGGAGAUUCUCCUACGAAGCGCAGCACUCGAAGCGAAAGCAGGAAAGAGAAAAGCUCUGAGGAACCUAAUAAAGAAAAGAAAGCAGAAGAAAAACCUCGGAGAUCCUCGCGACGAGAAUCAAAAGUUUCAACAGAAGAAGAGGGCAAAGAAGCCAAGGAGGAUAAGAAAUCUAAAUCAAAACAUGAUCGUAAGGACAAGAAGACAUCAAAAGGGAAGAAAGAUAAAGAAAGGCACAGUCGGUCAAGGUUAAAAGAGAAGAGUAGCAUUAAAGAGGAGAGACAUCGAAGAGAGAGUCAGUCUAAAUCUGUGGAUGACAGCAAAGAGAAGGAUAAGAAGAAAAAGAAACACAAAGAAAGAGACAAAGAGAAGGAAGAAUCCAGAAAGAAGAAAUCCUCAAGAAGCUCCAGAGAUAUCAAGAAAACUAAACUUGGUGCAGAUGAGCUCAGCGAUAUUCCGUUUUCUUCGGAAGAAGAGCCUGAAGCGCAGGAGGAGGCAGAUCAGGCUGAACAUGAUACUGGCAGUGACUGGACCAGUGACGAUGAUCCAGAGAAACUAUGGUGUAUAUGCAGACAGCCUCAUGACGGAAAGUUCAUGAUAUGCUGUGAUAAAUGUGAAGAUUGGUUUCAUGGCAAGUGUGUGAACAUCACCAAGAAAGAAGGAAAGCGCAUGGAAAGCGAGAAUCUUAGCUGGAUGUGUCCAAAGUGUACUGAAGAGGAAAAGACCGAGGCAACAGACAAGUCCAAGGCAAAGGACGACAAGAGUAAGAAGUCUAAGCAAGAAACAGAUGACUCCAAGGAUGCACAUUCCAAGGAGAAAGCCAGGCGGAAGAGCAGAGAUAGGAGAGAAGAAAAGAUGGAAGAUGAGGAGUAUAUCGACGAGGAAGAUGAGAAAAAGAAGAAGAGAGGAAAGGCGGGUGAAGAGAAGAAGAGGAAAAGGAAGAGCGAUGCAGGGACAAAGAAGGACUCAGAGUCUAAAAAGGAGCCCGAGGAGGAGGUGGCCAGCAAGAAGAAACGGCUCAAGUUCUUCCGACCCCCUCCACCCAAGCAGCACUGCAUCGGGACCCGGUGUGAGAACUGGGCCAGGGCCGGGUCGGUGUACUGUAGUCCAGGCUGCAUAGUGAAGCAUGCCAAAGAGAGCAUGAAGCUCCUUGCCGCUGAGAAGGAAAGGGCUACGGGACUCAAGGGAAGGAGGGAUUCCGCAGGCGGUUCUGCCGGCACUCCGACUCAGUCACUGAAGCUGAGAGAGGACGAGCGUAUAUCAGUGAUAGAGCGUCACACAGGUCGUCUUCGCACGGGCCUAACAGCACCGACGUAUGAAGAGCUGCCAUAUUGGCUGGGUAGACAUCCAACGUAUGAAGUGCUCAGGCCAAAUAUCAAACAUGGAUACACCUCUUCUGCAUAUUCUCCUGGUAAAGGAUCAUCAAAGCAUAAAUCUGAAUCGAGGAGGCUGUCACACGAGGGCGACCCCAGCAGGAAUCUGUCGUCCUCUGAUUCGGAGCGUAAGAUUAGUACCAAGCAAAUCACCAGUCCUACCAAGGAUGGUGCGAACACGGGGGCGGACGACAUUGAGAGAAGACAGAGAGAGAGGAGAGAAAAGGUUCGGAUGCUACUGGAGAUGAAAAGAAGGGAGGAAGAGGCCCGGGAGAGGGAGCUGGAAAGGAAGAGGAUGGAGGAGAGCAGACGGAAACGGGAGGAGGAGAAAAGAGAGGAAGAGGAGAGAAAGAAGAGGGAGGACGAGAAGAGGAGGAAGGAAGACAGAGAGAGGAGGGAGAGGGAGAAGCGAGAGAAGGAGGAACGUCUGAGGCAGCAGGCGGAGAGUAGUAAGCUGGCUGAGCAGACAUCGGAGAGCGUAAGGGUCAACGUCAAGAGGACGCUCCUGGAUGUUCUCCUAACCAGGGUGAAGAAAGCUCCGGAUGUGAAGAACGUUACAGCAGACGAUGUGAAGAAAGUCUCCAAGCAGGUGGAGUUUGAGCUCUACAAGCUUUACAAUGAUACAGGUGCCAAGUAUAAAGCAAAGUACAGGACACUCAUCUUCAACAUCAAAGACAUGAAGAAUAAGGGUCUCUUCCGUCACAUCUUAAAGGGAGAGAUCUCCCCUAGGAAUCUGGUACGCAUGUCUUCUGAUCAGCUGGCAUCCAAGGAGCUCAUGAAAUGGAGGGAACAGGAGGCUAAGCAUGAGUUGGAGAUGAUUGUUCAGACUGAGCAAGAUAAGAAGAGUAUGCCAAUGACCAUCAUGAAGAAGACCCACAAAGGAGAGGUGGAGCUCGGCGAGGAGGACAACCUAGGAGAGCUAGUGCCACACACCAAGGUGGAGGAGGAAACGUUGAAGCGGUCCAAGAGACCUUCGACAGAGUCCGAGCUGAAGAGUCCAUCGAGACCCUCGUUUGGAUCUCCCAGGCGUCAUUCUGGAUCCUCCCCGACCACGCCCACUUCGCCGACGACUCCCACGACCAUGCUCAUAGACACCACUGAGCAACACAAAGCACAUCUCUUUGAUCUCAACUGCAAGAUCUGCACAGGUAAAAUACCAGCUCCAAAGGAGGAGAAGGUUGCCAAGAAGAAAGCCAUUGUAAGGAAAACCCCCAAGAUCAAGAAAGUAGCGGUGGUGGAAGAAAAGAAGAGAGGAGGCAUCGUCAAGGAGAAACCAGUCAAGUUCUUUGGGGAGGAGAUUGAGGAGAUAAAACCAAAGGUGAAAUCGGUCACGGAGGACCUUUACGACGAUCUCAUGGAGACGGUCGGUGGAGGCGAGGAUGACGAUGAUGACGACGAUGCCGCUGCUGCCAUCACUGAAACGGUGGAGGAAUCCACCACCCCUCCAGGAAGUCCUCCGCCUCCAGUCGUAGUGCGCACCGCUCCCAAACCCGUCAAGGAGAAGAAGGCUUCGCGACCUUCGCAGGUCAAGAGGUCGGUGUCUUCCGCUGCACUGACGCCCACACCGGCUUGGAGGGGGUUCAUCUUCAUGCACGAGGUGUCCAAGUUUGUUGCCGUGGCCCAUCAUGUGUCUGGUCCUGCUCAAAGUAUAACAUUGGACCUUCAGGACACCUUGGAGGUGUGUGGGCGUAUCCCCUAUAAGGUGGUCUGGGACUACUUCACCAAGCUCAAGCAGUCGCAAUCGACAGAGAUGACCAUCGUCCGCUUCCACGUCUGGCAGGAGGACGAGGAGCCGGCCUUCUUUGCCCUCUUCGACUACUUCUACACCCGCCAGCGCAUUGGUGUGAUUGGGAAGAACCGGCCUCAUGUCAAGGACUUCUACCUGAUAGCCUUGCCGUCAAGCGAUAAGGUUCCCCACCAGAUACUGCCAUUCAAUGGCCCAGGUCUACCAUCUAAUCGACCACACAUGAUGCUAGGUGUAGUAGUCCGUCACAAGGACAAGCAGCGGUCCAUGAGCCUUGACGCAGAGGUUGCCUCUAAGCCUAUCAGUCAACCUCCUAGGGAGCCUCCUCCGGUCCACCAUGUCCCUAAGAGGAAACCCCACCAUCAGCCAUCUCAUGAUAUUGCACCUCCCGAGAACACCAUGUCGUCCUUCCACUCAAGCGUGCCAUCCAUGAGGGAGAUAUCUGACAUGAUGGCCCCUAAGGAUUCGUAUCCCAAGCAACAGGAGAUGUAUGUUACCGAGGAUCAGCUGGUGGAUCCAAUCGUGGCACAGUAUGCCAAUGCUGACCCGAAGGAACUCGAAGUGGAGCUUGAAGAACCGUAUUCACCUACUCGAGAAGAGCGGGAGGCUCCGUAUGAUCCGUCGGAUCCGACGGACGACUGGCAUGCAGGACGCAGCAUGCCAUCUUCUGCGGUGAUCCCAGAACCUGCUCUGUACCCUCAGGUUCCUCCAGUGGUUAUUCAAGAAGCGAAGGAAGUGGUGAAAGCUGAUGAGGGAACAGAGAGCGGAGUGAAAGCAGCGGAUAUUGCGAGUGUGGCAGCCGAUGCAUCUCAGGACAUUCUGAGUUCAUUCAGUGACCAAUCUGGUCUCUCGGAACAACAGCAGCUACUGAUUCAACUCACCAAGCAAGUGGAGGAGGCCAAGAGAGCCCUGUUGGACCGACAGAUUGAGUCACUGCAGUCAGAGAUCAACAAAGCUACAGGGAAAUUAGGUAAAACAGAUGAGCAAACGUCAGAUGAGGCAGGUACCUCACCAGAUGUACGAUUGGCUCAGGCAGAUUCCAGUACAAUGACUCCCAAGGAUGAUGCUACAAGCACUCCAGGAGGAACUGGAUCGGAUCCCGCCCAAGAGAAAUCUCAGGGUGGAGAUGUACAACCAUUGUGCCCACCACCGAAUCUGCCUCCUUUUGCUGUGGGAGCAGUGCUGUGGAAUGCAGUGCAAAGCCCAACUCUGAACCCGCCAGUGCCGCAAGCAGUGACAACAGAUAACAAUACAGUCAGCUCGGCUUCUUCAACAUCUCAAGCAUUAACCCAAAAGGUUGGUCAUCCGCAACAAAAACCGGUAGUUCCGAGGGAGCAGCCUACCGCUUUCCCACAAAAAGACUUUCCAAGGUAUCCCGACCCCAUGCACCAUCAUGAUGAGCCACAUUCACAGUCAGCUCACCAUCCGCAUUCCACUGCCCCUCCUCAUGUCCCUCUUCACCACCCUGGCCCUCCGUUAUCUCAAGGGCAACCCCCGGCUCCAUUCCAACCCCUACCCAUCACUCAUCCUUCAACCCCCCACCAUCAACCUGCACCCCAUCAGCCUCCCAUCCGACACCAACUGCACCUCCCCCCACGCCUGCCACGCCCACCUGGUCCAAGGGCACCACUCGUCCCUCAUCACCCACCGCCAGUGGCUCCAUCAGUACCCGUCACCAAGAAGCGCAAACUGGAGCCACCGCCCCCUGGCGAAGAAGGAUGGAAAUACGGAGAUGACGAUGAUGGAGAGGUCCAACACGGUGAUGAUCCCGGCCCAAUGGCUCAACGAAAGCAACCCUCCAGGGAUGUUGACUUCCGAAGAGAUGUCGACCUGCGGCAGAGUGCUGGUCAGUUUGAGGACACUGACGAGAGGAGGCCUUGGGAGGGUGAUAAACCCCGGGAGGCAUGGGCCAAAGAACAUUGGGAACGUAGCAGGAGGGGGGAGAGAGAACCCUGGCCGAGGCAGGAAUGGGGGCCCAAAGGAGAUCGGGGUAGGGGGAGGGGACAGGACUGGUCAAGAGAUUACUCUGAUAGAGACGAAGAUCAACCAGUGAGAGUUGAUUACAGGCAUGGGUCAAACGAACUGAAAGACCCAAGGAUGGGUCGUGAUCGGCCUAUAUCAAGAGAUUAUGGACAUGGCUCUCGACCGAGAUAGUACAAAACCAAGACAUUAAGUGUUUUGUAUUUGUCUACAUCUUGGUAAAAGCCUGUGCAGCAUAAGAAUAAACUGUAUGCAAUACUCUUUCUAAUUACAUGUUCAGUAAUUGGUUUAGUGUUAGAAAGUCGUACAAGGAGACUUCUACGACCGAAGCAUUCCCUAUGUCAUGGCUUCGUUGAAAUUUAUCUCUCCGUGAUAAACUUAUGGCAACUUGCUGUUUGACAAUAUAUAUUUCUCGUCUUGACACAAAACUUAACACUGUUGUAUGGAAGGUAAAUAGGGUUUUGAAAUAAUACAUCACUUGGUGAUUAGUAAUGGCAGAGAUUUUGGUCUUUUUACCUGCUUUAGUAACUUCCUAUUCGAGAGGCACCAUCCUUCUGUUCAUAUCUUUUUUAAAUCAGUUUUCAAAAUGGAGCUUAGAUUUGGUCCAGGGUUACUGUUCAGAAGUCAAUCUGUAUUGAAACCACCACAAGCAGUCCAUGUUGUAGAUUAUGUCUUGUAAUUAAUAACAUUACAGGUUACAGCCAGUCCAUCGUCACCUUCACAAAUUCAUAUACAAAUGAAACCCUAUUGUCCUUCAUAUAUUACUUUUUCCUCAUCUAGUAUGAUUUGAAAUUUCCUCUCAAUACUGAAAUACAUUUUUCAGGACAUGUGCACCACACAUGCUUCAAGGGCAGUUAUUCUUCAAAAUACAUCAGUUGCGUAGCACAAUGUUCUGGGGCCCGUAACGCAAAGCUUAGCAGUGAUCGUAGAACAUUUUUCUAUGAGAGAUUCCAUUGACUACAAUGUACAAUCAAUGGUGAAAAUCAAGCGUACGAUUAAUCGCUAUUCUUUGUGUCACGGGACCCAGGUAAAGUCUUUGGUUAUGAAACUUUAAUGACUGUUGUGUCCAUUCCUGGUAUGUUUGGGCAGCUACAUGUAUAGAUCCAUGGCGUAAUAUCUGUGAUAUAUACAAUAUUUACAAUAUUUAUAAAAGGUGCAUGAGAUAACACCACUCACUUGUCUCUUGUCAACCAGCAAUAAUUAUUGCAAGAAUCUUCAUUGUUCACUGGCCUAUUCUGAAAGUUUUGUUAGAUUAGACCUGCCUGUAGGUCAUACUUAUAAACUGUACAUACAUGUUUUGGAUCUGUUAUCUGUAUAAAGUGUUCAUGACAUUGCUAUAUUCUGUAACAUUACCAAAAUCAUGUGCAUGUGGAGAUAUAUUUGUACCUUUUUUGUUUUACAUGCUUGCCUUCCAAAGCUGUGUUCACUGUUCACAUUGUAAGUGUAGAAUCAAAUUGACCCCCCCCCCCCCUCCCAGUUUAAUAAGGGUUAAAGGGAUGCUCCGGGUUGAAGAUACUUUUAUCUCAAUAGAGUUAAAUUCAACCAAAAAUCAUAAAUGUAUGAUUAUUUUUACUUUAGUUGGUUUUAAUGGAUUUAUUUUAUGCUAUUUAUGAUCGCAAUGGGUCCUCGACAAAGUUCAUCGGAAAAACAAUAAAAAACAAAGGUUUGGAAAAAAACAAAGAAAUACAUAAGAAUUAAAGAAAUAAUAAAAUACAUAAGAAAUUAUAUUUUUGCAAUUUUUUGCAGAUAUUUGUCAGAAAUGUAAUAAUUGAUACUCCCACCAAUAAUUAGCAUUCUACUAGCUACAUAAAUUGAGUUAAGGCAAAAACAUACAUGUACAC